AUCGCCACGCAUUUUCCAAAAUGGCUACUGUCUUAUGAAACGUUUUGAGCGGUGAAGAGUAAUGUUGUAACAACCAAAACAUCAAAAUAGUAUGCACGAAAUAAACUUACCACCACUGGAAUCGACGUACAGAAACAUUCAAUAAUGGCUACGCCAGGAAUAGAACAGCUGUUUGAAUUCCAGAGGUUGCCGAAGGAUGGCUUCCUCUUGCUGCUGUUCUUGCUCUACGCUCCAGUCGGACUCUGCUUGAUGCUUCUCCGGUUGUUUAUUGGCGUCCAUGUAUUUUUAGUGAGCUGCGCUCUGCCAGAUAGCCUUGUAAGAAGAUUUAUUGUGCGAGGCAUGUGGUCUGUUCUGGGAAUGUUUGUUAAGCAGAAUGACCCUCGUCUGAGGGACAGGAAUGUCAAAGUGUACAUCUGCAAUCAUGUGACACAAUUCGAUCACAACAUAAUCAACCUCCUGACGUCUUGUAACACGCCCAUGUUGGAAGGCUCUCCUGGCUUUGUUUGCUGGGCCCGAGGGUUCAUGGAGUUUGGGCUUACCUCCAGCAGGUCUGAAAUGGCAGAGUCACUCAAGCGGUACUGCUCAAUGGAGGGCAGCCUGCCUCUUCUGUUGUACCCAGAGGAGGAAACUACAAACGGCAGGAUGGGCCUUCUCAAAUUUAGUUCCUGGCCCUUCUCUGUUUCAGACUCUGUCCAGCCCGUGGCUCUGUUUGUCAGGAGGCCUUUUAUACCAGCGAAUAUUGAAGAGUCCUCCUGGAUAUUAGAACUGCUGUGGACCCUUUUCAUCCCUUUCACAGUGUAUCAAGUAAGGUGGCUCCCUACUGUAUCCAGACAAAAUGGAGACUCCAGUCAAGAGUUUGGAAAUGAAGUCCAGGAGCUGUUAGCAAUGGAGCUUGGUGUUGUAUCCACGCAGAUCACUCGAGCAGAUAAAGUGGAGCACCUUAAGAGGAAAAGGCAUGUUGCACCUCGUACUAUAAACUCAAAUCAGUCACUAGGUGCGAGACCCAGGGCUAUCUCUUUGGGGUUCAUGGCUGGUAACUCGAUGAUGGAGGACGUGAGGAUUUCUGGGAUGGUUCAACAGGUCAAGGAGGUGCUUCCACACGUGCCCCUCGGCGUCAUCAAGAGAGAUCUUGUCCAAACAAACUGUGUUGACACAACCAUCACUAACCUGCUGGAGGGAGCAGAGGAAAUGAACUCAAACUCCUCUGGUGGGCUGAAUGUGGCUGCUGUCCAGACAAGUUCCUUCAGUGCCAUUGGAGACACAGCCUCAGCUCCUGCUUUGAAGCCUAAUGCUAAAUCCUUUGGGAAAUAUCCAGAUGACAGCCACAUGUCACUGCAAGACAGAAAAGAGGCACUGUACAAAUAUGCAAGAAGACGUUACAUAGAAAAGCAUGGACUGAAUCAGCAAACGGACAAUGCCCAGUGAUUUGUGAUGACCAAUGCAUAUUAAUUUGUGUGGAAAAGCAGCCAUUUAUUGUCAAAAGAUUUUUAAUGAAGUGGGGAGGAAGACUUCAUGCGGAACAGUUCAUGUUAUCUGUAAUGGGGGGGGGUUGGAUUAUUAAAAUGGAGAUGGUUUUGAACUA